UUUAAUAACUUCUUCUUUGUGUCUAGUCUUGAUUGUCCCUCUCUUUCUUGAAGCUGAUCCAAGCAAAAUAAUCCCUGAGAAUAACUUGUAUAUGGCUCCUGUCUCGUUACCUCCAGGUUUUAGAUUUCAUCCAACCGAUGAGGAGCUGAUUACCUACUAUCUGAAAAGAAAAAUUAACGGUCUAGAAAUCGAACUUGAGGUUAUCGCUGAAGUUGAUCUCUACAAGUGCGAGCCAUGGGACUUGCCAGGAAAGUCCUUGCUUCCGAGCAAAGACCAAGAAUGGUACUUCUUCAGCCCACGAGACCGGAAGUAUCCUAACGGUUCCAGGACAAACCGAGCAACUAAAGGCGGGUACUGGAAGGCUACGGGUAAAGACCGCCGUGUUAGUUGGAGAGACCGAGCCAUUGGAACCAAAAAGACAUUAGUUUACUACCGUGGACGCGCGCCACAUGGUAUUAGAACCGGUUGGGUUAUGCAUGAAUAUCGACUCGAUGAAAAUGAAUGCGAGCCUUAUGCAUACGGCAUGCAGGACGCAUAUGCACUCUGUCGUGUGUUUAAAAAGAUUGUGAUUGAAGCUAAGCCAAGAGAUCAGCAUCGUUCUUACAUCCAUGCUAUGUCAAAUGUGAGUGGAAAUUCGAGUUUUGACCCUUGUUCAGAUCUAGAGAUCAGUUCAACUACUCAUCAAGUUCAAAACGCAUUCCAACCUCAAAUUGGAAACGGACGUUUUAAUUCAAACGCCAGUAACGAAAACUGGUCACAAUACUAUGGUUCUUCUUAUCCACCGUUCCCUACUCCAUAUAAGGUUAAUAAUGAGAUCGAAUGCUCAAUGUUACAACACAAUAUAUGUCUACCACCGUUGCGUAUAGAGAACUCUGCGGUCAGCAAUUACGAUUUCUAUAAUACGAGUACGACUCACAACAACGAUCAUGGCGUUUUGGAGGACUUUACUUUCGCUGCAAGUAACUCCAACCAUUAUAAUAAUACCGUUGGUGAUCACGUGAUCCAUUUAGGCAACUAUGAUGAACCAUUAAUAAUGUCAAAUAAUUAUAUGAACCAGGGUUAUAUCGAAGAGCAGAAGAUCAUAUUGACUUUGGAUGAUAAUGACCAAGAUCUUGGAUUUCAUGGAGACAAUACCAAUAUCAACAUAGAUAUUGAUGACUUCUUCUCGUUUGAUAUGUAUAACGAGGAAAACGUAAAUCGAGUAAAAGGUAACGAAGAAGACGUGAAUAUAAAUGAAGCCGUAGAUUCAUCGGGAUUUGAGGUGGUUGAAGAAGAAAUUAGGGUUAACAACCAAAUGCUCAUCUCGACAUAUCAAACGACGAAGAUUCUAUAUCACCAAGUCGUACCAUCUCACACGUUGAAAGUUCAGAUUAAUCUCAUUAACCACAAUGUGGAAGAGAGAAUAUUGUUCAUUGAAGAAGAUAACGAUUCUUGGGUACAAAGAGCUGAGAAGAUCACGAAGAUAAAACUAAAUCUUGUUAGUUUAAUAGCUCAGCAAUAUUACAAAUAUCUUACGAUUUUUUUCUGAUUUCUUACAAUUACUGAUUUUUAUAUACGCCCUGA